AUGAAAAGAAAACGUGAGAAAGUUAGAAGUGAUGAGAAGGUAAAAAAGAAAAUAAGAAAACUUAUGAAGAAAGUUAAAAAACUUUCUAAACAGCAGGGCCUUACAUCUGAAUCUGAUUCAGAAGGAUCUUUCCCAGAGGAGAUGGAGCAGGAUAUUUUGAUAGAGAGAGGAAAACCGGAGGAAUCUGAAUCUCCUCAAUCACUAUCACAUAUUCCGGAAAAUACUAAAGAUCUAAAUAACCAAGUACAACCUACUAGUGAAUUAGAAAAUCAGCCAGAUAUAGCUCUAGAGGCACAGGAUUUAGAUGCUGAGACACUAGCAGUUCUGGGUGAAAUUAGCACUGAACAAGAAAAAGGUCCACCUCUCCACCCUGAAAUUGCAAACAGAUGGACUCCCAUUCUAACCAGGGGCCUAAAAAAGGAAGAUAAAAAGGAACUUAUACAGAAAUAUUUGCCAUUUGAAAAUCUACCAAAAAUUAUAGCACCAGUCUUAAAUCCUGAAUGUGUGUCAGCAAUUUCAGCAAAUAUGCUUAAGAGAGAUACAAUUAUUAAAGAAAAACAAAAACAAAUUGCAGCAGCAUUAACUGCUAUUGGCUCUGGUUUAGAGUCCAUAUUAAAAAAUGGAGAUAAGAUGGAUAUAAUCCGCAAUAUAAAUGAUGCCUCCAAACUAUUAAGUGAUUAUUUUCACUCUGAGACUAACAAUAGGAAAAAUUUAAUUACUAAUGCAGUAAAUCAAAGCCUUAAAGAUACUCUAAAAGGAGAUUCAGAUAUGUUCCUAUUUGGAACAAAUUUGGCAGACCGAAUAAAGAGUGCCAAGAUCAUACAAAGGUCUGGAAAAGAUCUUAAAGAAAAGCAGGAGCAUCUUAAAAAUCAAACAAAGACUUUAAACUGGCGGGGCCCUCCUCAGUUGAGCACCAGGCUGGGGGGGAAGAGAGUAACCAAGCCCAAAAUAAAACACCAACAGCAGAAACCAAUGCCUCCUCGACGCCAUUAG